AUGCGGGGAUCGCUGCUACUUCUGGCACCCCUCGUGGGCGCCGCCGUGGUUGAGACUCGAUCCGGAAAUACUGAUGAGUGCCCCGGUUACAAGGCAGUGAAUAUCCGCGAGCACGGCCAGUCCUUGACGGCUGAUCUGGUUCUCGCGGGUGAGCACUGUGACAGCUAUGGCACUGACUUGGAGAACUUGAAGCUCCUCGUCGAAUACCAGACUGAUGAUCGCAUCCAUGUCCUCAUCUCGGAUAAGGACGAGGAAGUCUACCAGGUGCCGACAUCGGUUUUCCCUCGACCGGACGCAGACAGUCACCAUGGCAGCGACCCCAACAUUCGCUUCGACUUUGAGGCUGAGCCGUUCUCUUUCCGCGUUCUCCGUGGGAAAGAGGUCCUCUUUGACACUUCCGAGACAAGCUUGAUCUUCGAAGAUCAAUACCUCAGACUGCGCACCUGGCUUCCCAAGAACCCGUAUCUGUACGGUCUGGGUGAACACUCUGAUUCUUUCCGUCUGCCCAACAAGAACUACACCCGCACUCUCUGGAGCCGUGAUGCCUACGGUAUCCCCGAGAACACCAACCUGUACGGCAACCACCCGGUCUACGUUGACCACCGAGGUGCCCAGGGUACCCACGGUGUGUUCUUCCUGAACUCCAACGGCAUGGAUAUCAAGGUGGACCAGACCGAUGACGGCCGUCAAUUCUUGGAGUACAACACCGUCGGUGGUGUCUUUGACCUUUACUUCCUUGCGGGUCCCUCUCCCAAGGAGGUGGCCAAGCAGUACUCGGAGGUCGUUGGUCUUCCCGCCAUGCAGGCAUACUGGACCUUUGGUUUCCACAACUGUCGUUACGGAUACCGCGAUGUUUAUGAUGUCGCCGAGGCCGUUCACAACUACAGCGCGGCUCGCAUUCCUCUGGAGACCAUGUGGACCGAUAUUGACUAUAUGGAUCGUCGCCGAGUUUUCACCCUUGAUCCCGAGCGUUAUCCUCUUGAGAAGAUGCGCGAGCUGGUCGACUACCUGCACAAGCACGACCAGCACUACAUCGUGAUGGUUGAUCCUGCUGUGAGCGACAGCGACAAUGGCGCAGCCAACCGAGGCAAGGAGCAAAAUGUUUUCCUGAACCGCGACGGAGUGGUCUAUCAAGGCGCUGUCUGGCCCGGAGUUACAGUCUACCCGGACUGGUUCGCACCCACGACUCAAGAAUGGUGGGAUGGCGAGUUUGAGCGGUUCUUCAACCCUUCCACUGGUGUUGACAUUGACGGACUGUGGAUUGAUAUGAACGAGGCUGCCAACUUCUGCCCUUGGCCCUGCAAGGACCCCGUUGCUUACUCGGAGGAGAGUGACCUGCCUCCUGCUGCUCCCCCGGUUCGUGACUCGUCGCCUCGUCCGCUGCCCGGCUUCCCGGCCGACUUCCAGCCCGCGAAGUCUUCAGGCAAGGUUCGUCGUGCACACGGCAGCAAGGCAGGCCUGCCCAACCGGGACUUGGUCUCGCCAGCGUACCAGAUCGCCAAUGCCGCCGGUUCUUUGAGCAACAAGACCAUUGAUACGGAUCUCAUUCACCAAGGAGAGGAUGGGUACGCCGAGUACGACACCCACAACCUCUACGGUACCAUGAUGAGCACUGCCUCUCGCCAUGCUAUGAGCGUGCGUCGUCCUUCCGUUCGUCCUCUGGUCAUCACCCGAAGCACAUUCGCGGGUGCGGGUACUCAAGUUGGUCACUGGCUCGGUGACAACCUUAGCGAAUGGGAAAAGUAUCGCACUUCUAUCAGACAGAUGCUGGCGUUUGCCGCCAUUUUCCAGAUCCCCAUGGUCGGGUCUGACGUCUGCGGUUUCGGCGGCAACACGACCGAGGAGCUUUGCGCUCGCUGGGCCACGCUGGGUGCGUUCAACCCCUUCUACCGCAACCACAAUGGCCUCGACUCCAUCCCCCAGGAGUUCUACCGCUGGCCCACGGUCGCGGAUGCGGCUCGCAAGGCCAUUGAAAUCCGUUACCGCCUCCUCGACUACCUCUACACUGCGUUCCACCGCCAGACCCAGACCGGUGAGCCCUUCUUGCAGCCCAUGUUCUACGUCUACCCCGAAGACAAGAAAACUUUUGCCAACGAGGCUCAAUUCUUCUACGGUGAUGCUCUCCUCGUCUCCCCCGUCCAAGAUGUCGGGGAGACCACCGUCGACGCCUACCUGCCCAAGGAUCUCUUCUAUGACUGGUACACCGGCGCCAAGGUCAACGGCAAGGGUGCCACCAAGAAGCUGAAGAAUGUUGGCGUCACCGAGAUCCCCAUCCACAUCCGCGGCGGAAGCAUCAUCCCGCUGCGUGCCGAGAGUGCGAUGACCACGAAGGAGCUGCGCCGUCGUGGCUUUGAGAUCCUGGUUGCUCCCGACAACAAGGGCUAUGCCUCGGGCUCAUUGUACCUGGACGAUGGCGAGUCCCUCGAGACCAGCAGCAGUGAGAUUGAGUUUGAAUACAGUAAAGGCCGUCUCUCCAUCCGCGGUCUGUUUGGCUACCAGACGAAUGUGGCGAUUGAAGCUGUCACCAUUCUGGGACAGGAUCGCCCACGGAAGCAGGCACGUGGCGAGGAGUAUGAUGCGGCUCGACAAAGCCUCACCAAGGAGGUGAAUGUGUCUCUGAGCGGACCCGCGGAAAUUAUCAUUUAG